AUGACGGACUCCACAUCUGUAUAUCUUCCAGCAAAACUUCCGUAUCCGCUUAAAGUGAGCAAAGUGAUAGUUGAGGAGGGCGAUGUGAUCUCCAAGCAUGCACAGAUAUUCACCUAUAAGUACUCUGAUUAUGAGCCUGUGCCGUUGAGCAAAGAAGAUGAUGAUGAUGACAGAGAAACUGGGGAUAUGGCUGAUUCUGACGAAGGUGCCAGAAAAAAAGUUAAAGUCGAAUAUGUCGGAAACUACGAGUGUCCUUUUGGAGGACGGAUAGAGAAGGUGUAUAUUAAGACUGGCGACGUUCUCAACAAUGAAGCCGGCCAUAUUUUGGAUGUUGUGGAGCCGUGCACUCAUCCAAUUCAGUAUGGUGGACUCUGCGCCAUCUGUGGGAAAUCGGUGGAUGAUGAGGACCGAGCUUCUAUACCGAUGGCUCACGGUACAACCAAUCUAAAGGUGUCUUCCAAAGAGGCCGCCAAUAUUGAGCGAGGAUCUACCAAACGCUUGUUGAAGGAGAAAAAGUUGUCUCUGGUGGUGGAUUUGGAUCAGACGGUGAUUCAUGCGACGGUCGAUCCCACGGUUGGUGAAUGGAUGUCCGAUCCUACGAAUCCCAACUAUGAGGCUCUAAAGGAUGUAAAGUCUUUCUCUUUGGAGGAACCUGCCAUGGUAUCAUCAGGAUACACAGGACCUAUCUCUCCUGCUAAUAUUCGAUGGUACUUCGUGAAACUUCGGCCAGGAUUGCACGAUUUCUUGGAAAAAGCGUCGAAAAUGUACGAAAUGCAUAUCUAUACCAUGGCCACAAGGUCGUACGCCAAGGAAAUUGGCAAGAUAAUCGAUCCUGAUGGCAUUUACUUUGGUGAUAGAAUUCUUUCACGUGAUGAAAGUGGAUCUUUAACUCAGAAAUCGUUGAAAAGAUUGUUUCCUGUAGACACUUCGAUGGUUGUAGUGAUAGAUGAUAGAGGAGACGUUUGGAACUGGUCUCCCAACUUGAUUAAGGUUAUUCCCUAUGAUUUCUUUGUUGGUAUUGGUGAUAUCAACUCGAGUUUUCUCCCGCGUCAGCAGGCAUUGUUGGGUCCUUCCAAAAGACGUAAGAGUGUUAAUAUAUUGGAAGAGAAGUUGACUGAUGGAGAAGAGAAGGAUGAAUCCAGUAGGGAGACCAUCAGUGAUAUUCGAAUUAAUAUUAAGGAGAUGGCCAAGCAGAUUGGAAAAGAUGAAUCUGCUAUAGAGGAUGAAUAUGAAAGCACUACGGAUGGAGAUAUCAAGGUUGAGGAUGAAAGUACCAGGAAGAUUGGAGAGGAGGUUGAGAAAGCUGCUGCAUCCGCUGUUGAUUCCUCGGUCAACGUUUCUGUUACAGAUAGAGCAUCAUCGCCAGUGGAUCGAAUGGUGGAACUUGGGGAAGGAGAAUUACUUGCUAUGCAAGCCAAUGAAAGGUCCAGUGCAUUAGAACAACAGCAGCAAGAAAGACCACUAGCUAAAAUGCAGCAGAAUCUCGAAAAGAUUAUUGAAGAAGAAGAAACCAAGAAUUCGUCGGUACGAGAGUCUCCUAUUUUGGGUAUGGAUGGAAAAGAGCCACACAAUUUACUCUAUGAUGACGAUAACGAGCUUGAAAUGCUUGGACAGGCACUUAUGAGGAUUCACAACGAGUUUUAUUUCGAAGUUGAGAGAGAAGAUCAGACUCAACAUGCUCCAGAUGUAGAGGAUAUCAUGACAUCAAUGAAAAGUCUUGUUUUUCGAGGCUUUGUGUUUCUAUUAAGUGGGGUGUUACCAUUAGGAACACCUCUUGACUCAGCAGAUAUCGUUAUUUGGGCUAAGUCAUUUGGUGCUACUUUUUCCGCUGAAUACAAUACUAGUGUAACACAUGUGAUUUGCAAGAAUCCAGGGACAUUCAAAGUCCGGUUGGCGAAAUCUGUCGAUUCUAAAGUGAAGAUAGUGAAUCCUAAUUGGCUCUUUAGUUGUAUGUCAUUGUGGGAGAAAGUCCCGGAAGAGGAAUAUGAGGUUGAAGUGGAACAUCUUCUGAGUAAAGAGCAGGUUGAUAAUUUCUUGAAGUACCAUAAUCAUGUUUUAGGAGAGACUACGUUUGAUACGUCUAAUUUGGACUGGAAUGAGAUUGAUGAGGAGAUGAAGGAAUUUAUGGGGGAUGAUUACGAAGCCGAGGAGGGGGAGGGGGAGGCUGAUCACGCUGGGACUAAGGAGGCUGAAGGUGCUGCGGCUAAGGAGGUUGAAGUUUCUGGGGCUGACGAUGACGCGGAUGACGGGGAUGACUUCGAGCAGGAGAUAUUGGAGGACUUGGCCGAUCUCGAGGAGGAGAAUAAGGAUAAGCAUUAG